AUGUCCGCUAAUGGCCUUCAGACGCGUCUGGGAGCCCCUUCAGAGCCUCCAGAAGCGAAGCUGGAUGCAUCUGAAGCACCUUCAGAGAGCUCUGAAUCAAACGCUUCCCGGGAUGUCUUCAACCCAUUUUGGGAGACUUACAUUCAGAUCUUGGCGUCGAUGCAACCCACGCGGCCGGAAAUCGUCCGAGGGAUUCCGGUGUGCCAAGCUCUGCAGCACACACCACGCAUGUGGGCCCGUGGAGAUCUCGACGCUCUCCAUGUGUACAGCCGGGCGACGCUGGAGCUCGACGAGUUUUGGUCCCACAGCUGGCGCACGCCAGGGUGGCUGAAGUACAUCAGCAUACUUGUCUUGCACAACAGUUUCCCUGCAUUUGUCGUGGGUACACUCCUUGCCUCUGCAUCCUUCGCGCUUUGUGCUGCUGAUAUCCUUCCGAUGUGGUCUAGUGAUAGGUUUGAAGCCACCGGAUGGAGCGUCCUCACGGGUACUUUGAGCUACUACUUGACUUUGCUGCUUUGGCGCAGAGGGAAAUUGGCUUUCCUCGACGUUGCGUGCAUCAAUCAGGUUGAUGACCAGCUGAAGACUGAGGGCUUGGUGAGUAUGGGUGCUAUACUGAAGCGCUCCAAGUCGCUUCUGGUACUUUGGGAUUCCUCUUACACCUCUAGGCUAUGGUGCAUGUUUGAAAUGGCUGCAUUCCUACAUAGCAAGGGUCCGACUGCAGACGAACGGCGGCACCUCGUCGUCUGCCCGGUGUUUGUCGGUCCGACAUUAUUGCUAGGGAACCUCGGUUUGAGCUUGCUCCUGCUAGCCGUCGAAGUUACGCAGCUGCCAAUAGUGCCUUGGGGUGCCAUGAUCAUAUGUGGUCUGUUCUUCCCUUGCUUCACAGUGCUGGCAUAUGUGGUGCUGGAGCAUUGUCGCAGCAUAGAUGUGGUGCAGAAACAAGUCCGCUGCUUCACCAUUCAGCAAGCUUUAUGUCACUGCUGUUCUUCCGGCCACAUCGACCCUUACACAGGUGAGCCCUCGAUGUGUGACCGAAGCAUUCUUAUUCGAUGCAUAUCAUCUUGGUUUGGCUCCCCCGAGCAGUUCGAGUCCCUGGUGCGGCACCAUGUGAUGACAAUAUUGGUGCACCAGCUUGCGAAUAACGUUUUCUCAUACUGGCGUGUUGUGCAGAUACUCAGCCCUCUUUUUUGGUUUUUUCUGGACAUCAGCCUUUGGAGAGUCGCAGAACAACGCGUGCCAGUGCAGUUGAUGCUUUCAGCUGUAUCAUAUUGGAUGAUGUUGAUGCCAAGCAUAGUUCUGAUUCUACUCCGCUUGGCUUACAAGUUUCGCAACCUGGCCACAGGGACGCGUCAGCAGCUGAUGCUGUCAGUAGGACUGGUAGCCAUAGGCGUCCUGCUGUUCGCGACGAUGCUGACAGCGGACCGUGCGAUUGUGGGCCUCUCGUGGCAUCUUUGGCGCGACCAGACUCCGGGCAGUGUGACCGUUUUGAUACUUUCGAGCACCCUGAGUGUCUUGCUGUGGAGUUGCUUGCCUCUGAUUGACACGCAUAUCGCUCAUCCAGGCAUGCAGUGA